AUGUUAGUAUUGAAAAACAUGUUCCUUGACAAAAUAAAACCAACUACAGAAAUAAAUGACGCAAGACUGAAACAUUGGGUAAAAGCUUUCCCAUUCACAAAAGAUAUUAUUGGUAACAUGGAAAGAAAACCAGAAUGGCUACAAAAACAUAUAUUUGGAAACGAGCUUAUUCCAUAUGGACAAGCUCUGUUUGAAGAGCUUGAACCGGAAACUCAGGAAAGAGUCAUGCAAACAAUACGCGAAGACUCAAAUACAAACUAUGACAAAAUCUUUCUAGGAUAUAGGUUACCUGAGAUGGGCGACCAGAGCCCAAAGGCAAAAAGGACAUGGGAAAUUUACAACAUACUAGGUGAACAUGAGGCAAAGAUGCAACAACUUGAAGCAGAGGGCAAGUUACCAAAAGCGACACCAAAGAAGAAGAGAAGAGUAGAACAAAGUGAAAGUAGUGAAGAAGUAACUUCAUCUAGUGAAAGUAGUGGCAAUGAAGGAAAAAGAAGAGUUAAAAACUCAGUCAGGAAGAAAGUAAAGCUUGGUCCGAACAUUAUGA